UUUUAGGUAGGUGAUGAUAUCAUAUGAUAAGAAAGGAUUUGAGGUUAUUUCUUCUCACACACAACACCAUAAACUUCGUUACAAUUCUCACCGGCCGGUGACUGGAGAAGACUUCCGGCGAAAUAGAGAAGUAAUUCUUGCAGAGGAAAAAGAGAGAGAAAAUGAAUGAAAAUAGUAAUGGAAGAGGAGGGAUAGGAAGUGUUGAGAGUGAAUAUAUAAGAAGACAUCACAAACAUGGUGAUCUUGCUGACCAUCAGUGUAGUUCUGCUCUUGUCAAGCACAUCAAAGCUCCAGUUCAUCUUGUUUGGUCAUUGGUGAGGAGAUUUGAUCAACCACAGAAGUACAAGCCUUUCAUCAGCAGGUGUGUUGUGCUGGGAAAUCUUGAGAUUGGGAGUCUUAGAGAAGUAGAUGUUAGGUCAGGGCUUCCUGCCACCACAAGCACUGAAAGAUUGGAACUUCUGGAUGAUGAUGAACAUAUCUUCAGCAUCAGGAUAGUUGGCGGGGAUCACAGACUUAAGAACUAUUCUUCAGUCAUUUCCCUCCAUCCAGAGAUCAUUGAUGGACGGCCAGGGACCCUGGUGAUUGAGUCUUUCGUGGUGGAUGUGCCCGAUGGGAAUACGAAGGACGAGACAUGCUACUUUGUUGAAGCUUUAAUCAAGUGCAAUCUCAAAUCACUAGCUGAUGUUUCAGAGAGCCAUGCAGUGCAGGACCGAACUGAGCCCAUUGAGUGUAUGUAAAAAGAUUCCAGACCAGAGUUGUGGUGGAGGCUACAGUUGUGAAGGAUGAAGCUACCGGGGCAUUUGUAUCUAGGAGGCUCUAGAGACCGACUGGCAGCAGUAGUAUUUUCUUCCAUCUUUCAGACACUCUUGCACUCUCUUUCUUUGUAAUUGUUGUGUCCUCUCUUUCAUUGUUAAAUCUACAUGCUGAAUAUCUUCAGUAGCUCAUGAACCACACACUCUUACAAGUUACUCAUGCUUGUUAAUGAAAAUGGACAGAAAAAAGAAGAAGAAAGACCAGGCUCACUUUCUUGAUGAUAUAGAGGGUUUUGGUCAUGGUGCCUUACUGCAUGUUUGUAUAAAUUGAUGCUGGUAAGGGUCGGCAUUUCAUGUUUUUGCUUUUUACCUUGUGUUUAGGUGCAAAAUACGCUAGAAGUUUGGUAAAAUGAACAUCCAGAACAGCUGUAAUUUAAGACAGAGAGGAUGUGAUGUCUUUUUCCUAGUAAUUUCAAUUACAAUUUACAGGUUUUGUUACAGUUAAA